AUGGUUGACACAGUUCUGAAGAAGAUGUUGAUAGACAAAGACGUGGAAAACGCCAAAGCCUACACCCGCAACAAGAUAGCCGAACUCUUGCAGAACAAGAUAGACCUCAGUCUGCUGGUUCAAACCAAAAGCCUAGGCAAGUUAGACUAUGACACGAAACUGCCUCACGUGGAGUUGGCGAAGAAGCUGCGGAAGAGAGACCCCGGCACAGCUCCCAACGUGGGAGACCGCAUUUCUUACGUAGUGGUGCAGGGGUCGAAGGGGCAGGCGCAGUACGAACGAGCUGAGGAUCCGUUGUUUGUUUUAGAAAACAAUUUGCCAAUUGACACUCAACACUACCUUGAAACCCUCAAGGGGCCCCUCAUGCGCAUCUUCGAAGGCGUUAUGACUGACCCUGAAAGCCUAUUCAGCGGCAUGCACACUUUAAAAAAGACCUUAACUGUAUCGAGUCAAGGCGCCCUGUCGAAGUUUAUCAAGAAAGGGGUCCAGUGCGUUGGCUGUCGCGUCACCAUCGGCGAAGGGGCCCUUUGCAAGCACUGUCAGACGAAAGAGGGAGAGAUAGCCGCAGCGAAGGCGGCUGAAGUGCAGGCUUUGGAGCGGGAGCACAACGCCCUUUGGACCGAAUGCCAAAGAUGUCAGGGCUCGCUGCUGCAAGAUGUAAUUUGCAUAAAUCGUGACUGUCCGAUUUUCUAUCGGAGAGCGAAAGUGAAGAAAGAAGUGGGGGCAUUGCAGGAGACCCUUCAGCGUCUCCACCUAACCAAUGACUGGUGA